CAGUGGUGGCAGUAGCGCAGUGCGGGCGGCGACUGCGGCGGUGCUAGGCUCGCAGGGGGCGGGCGCCAUUGGCUCGGAGCGCGGCGCCCGAACGCGGCGCAGCCCCUCCCGGCCGCCGCCCCUCCCGGCCGUCUGCGCUGUGCCCCCGCCUCUCGGGCCGGGGCUGUCACCGCGCCGCGCCUGACGCCGGGCGCCCGGCGCUGCCAGCAUGUUUGACAGGACGCGGCUGCCCUUCGUGGCGCUGGACGUGGUCUGCGUGGCGCUGGCUGGCUUGCCCCUCGGUGUUCUAAACUUGGCCAAAAUAAAACCGUAUCAGAGAGGCUUUUUCUGUAAUGAUGACAACAUCAAGUACCCGUUCCAUGACAGUACCAUCACAUCCACUGUCCUCUACACAGUGGGGUUCACCCUGCCCAUUUUCUCUAUAAUCCUAGGAGAGACUCUCUCUGUCUUUUAUAAUAAUUUGCACUCAAAUUCGUUUAUCAGAAAUAACUACAUAGCCACUAUCUACAAAGCCAUUGGGACCUUCAUUUUUGGAGCAGCUGCCAGCCAGUCCCUGACGGACAUUGCCAAGUACUCCAUCGGCAGACUGCGGCCUCACUUCCUCGCCGUGUGCCAGCCCGACUGGGCGCGAAUCAACUGCAGUCUCGGUUACAUCGAGAACUUUUCUUGUCAAGGGGAUAAAGCAAAAAUCAAUGAAGGAAGACUAUCGUUUUACUCUGGCCAUUCUUCAUUCUCCAUGUACUGCAUGCUCUUCCUAGCACUUUACCUUCAGGCCAGAAUGAAAGGAGAUUGGGCAAGACUUGUACGUCCUACUCUGCAAUUUGGUCUUAUUGCUGCAUCUAUCUAUGUGGGUCUCUCACGUGUUUCUGAUUACAAGCAUCACUGGAGUGAUGUUUUAACAGGACUCAUUCAGGGAGCAGUGGUAGCUGUGCUCAUUGUUGUGUAUGUGUCUGACUUCUUCAAAGUGAGAGGAUGUACAUUUCAACCAAAAGAAGAUUCCCACACAACUCUCCAUGAGACUCCAACAAAUGGAAAUCAUUUUGGCAGCAAUCAUCAACCGUGAGGAAUGAUGCACCUCACUUGUCUGUCUCUGAAAGGAAAAUGAUUUCAUCUAACUAUGUAAUAUAAGUAAAUGCCUUUAAAGGACUGCUGCUGCUGCUCUUGGAUGCUCAUUUUACCUGUAUAUAGUAACACGUACCACAGUUAUUGUACAUCUAAACUUUAAAUUUCUGUUGGUUCAAGCUCUUGCUUAAAAGGAAAAAGCUAUUAAAAUUGUAAAUUUUUAUUGAAAACAUGGUAACAGUUAUUACAUACACUGCUGUUUGUACAUGCCUUGUUGCAAGAACUAUGGUUUAAAUACACACCAUUAAAAGAAAUAAUGACUUGA